CAUUCAUAUAAAACUUUUUAUACAAGACUUGAACAAGACGAGAGAGAAGCGGGAGAAAAAGUCAUACCACAGGAUAUGGAAAAGAGCAUUAUGAUGAAAUCGGCUCUCUUUUUCGCUCUCUUGAUUUUUGUAGCUGGGCUGGAAAUGAGAUUUGCAGAAGGGAGGGGACCCAUUGUUUCUGGAAAAUGCAACAAAGUGGAAGAGUGUAAAAAUACACCAUUUUGCGAUGGAUGCAAAGUGUGUUCGUGUAUAGAACAUACUUGUGGUUGUGCUCCAACUUGUUGUGAUGCUAAUAAUAGUGAUAACAAUGUCACCGCUACUACUAGUACUCUACAUCACACCAUCAAUUCUUCAUCUCAAGCGCAUUGAAGCUACCGUUGAUCAUCUAUUAUCGGCCUUUAUUUUGCAUAUUAUAUUAUUAUGUUGAACUUUGUCUAUGUUGAGACAAAAUAAUAAUAAUAACUGUAUGGUGUAGUAAGGAACUAAGUCAGAAAAAAAAACAAAAACUAUUUCCUCAUGUUUGGCUUUCAUUUUUUUGAUGAAGAGAUCAUUUAUCUUGUGGAAUUGCGUAUUGGAAUUGAGAAUAUUAUGUUAUGAUAAAUUAUUCAUUUGUGAAACAGUAGACGGACAAUGUCUUGUGAAAUUGUUAAUUCUCUAUUUUCUCUUUCAAAUUUCUCUAUUGAAGAAGAAUUUAUAAAAAAAAUAUAAAGAUGUAAUAUACUAUAUUAAUCAAUAAUAAUGUAUUGAAAAAUAAAAUAUUAAAUUCCAA